UGUUAUGACAUUUGUGUUCAGUUUUGUUUAGUAACAAGAAUCUUUAGGUUACUUAACUCAAAGGUAUCACUCCAGAUGUUUCGUUCUCCGUCAUCCUGUUCACUCGUAGUGAUAAACUCAUAGACGUUAAUCUCGUUACGUCUCUUAUCACUAUAUUUAGGCAGGGGGAUUCCUGAUAACGUCUGUCCUUAAAUCAGCUCUUUAUUUCAUUGGACGGAAUCACACGCACAAACACGUGCGCGUGUUUACAAAAGUCCUGAUAAACUUCGACCUGAGAGCGUCUCACUGUAAUCAACAUGUCGACACGGCGAGGAAUACAGAGAAAACGGGUUCAAAGGUGAGAAGCUGCCCACGUGUUACAUCAACCUUUUUUUUACCCAUCAUUCCCCCUAAGCGUCUGCUGUCGCCUGUGAGGACGACCUGCACCUCCGCUGAGCGAGCGCCUGGUUUUACCUGUGUGAACACCUGCGUGUCCGACUGAAGAGCUGCCGGCCCCACGACCAGCAGGAUGCUUUCAGACUGACCUCCUCAGAUAGAUGUUCAUUUCAGGCUCAACAAGUCAAAAUGGACCGUGGAGGGAAAGCUUGGAGCAAGGGAGUCCAGGUGGAGCGGGCAGCGGCGCCUGACGGGGGUUACGCCUGGUUCAUCCUGGUCUCGUGCUUCUUUGUCUUCGGUCUGACCUUUGGGGUGGUCAAGUCCUUUGGUGUCUUCUAUGUGGAGAUCCAGCAGUACUUUGGAACCACGGCGGCGGGAACAUCAUGGAUCACUUCAAUCGCCGUGGCCACCAUUCACGUUGCAGCUCCGUUAGCGUCGGCUCUGAGUUCCCGCUACAGCCAUCGCUCCGUGGUGAUAGCCGGAGGACUCAUUUGUAGUGUAGGAGCCAUUCUUGGGUCUUUUGGCAACAACCUGAUUCAGCUCUACCUAACAGUAGGCUUCCUAAACGGACUUGGCUAUGCAUUGACGUGGACCCCCACAGUGACGAUGUUGGGCAUGUACUUCGAUAAAAGACGCCCGGUGGCAAACGCCUUGGCCAGUGCUGGAGAGUGCAUCCUUACUUUUAUCCUCACCCCCAUGUUCCAGCUGCUGAUAGACAGCUUUUCCUGGAGGGGUGCCCUGCUGAUCAUGGGGGGACUGCAGUUAAACUUGUGUGUGUGUGGUAUGCUACUAAGACCCUUAUCUAAUACCCCUAAAUCCACCUGUGUCAAUGAAGCCAAGGCAGAUGAGGAUGGCCUGUCCAGGAAGAUGCUCCUAAAAGACAUCUUGGAUGAGGUCAAGUCGAGUAUUCAAGUGGAGAAAGAACUAAACACAGAGGAGGCCAAUCAGGAAACAUCUAAAAAAUGUCUCGAAGACGCUGAGGGAGGACCCAGUCUAGCUGAAGACUCUGCCAGUUUAAGGGAGAGGGAUCUAAGGACUAAAGUCCAGCAAUAUGUCGAUUACACCCUCAUCACAAACCCUCGAUUCAUGAUCUACUCCAUGUUCGGAGUAUUUGCCGCUCUGGGUUUCUUCGCCCCAUCUCUGUUCCUCGUUCCAUAUGCUCGCAGCAAAGGCAUUGAGGAGUACCAGGCAGCUGCUCUCAUGUCCAUCUCUGCCGUGCUGGACCUGAUUGGAAGAGUGGUCUUUGGCUGGGUGGCAAACCUGAGACUCGUGGAGACGGUGCAGCAGCUGACGGCCACGGUGGUUCUGCUCGGCGCCGUGCUCCUCCUCUGCCCGCUGGCCUCCACCUUUUACGAGCUGGUGGCGUUCAGCGCCGCUCACGGCCUGGUGUACGGUGCAACAGUUGCCAUCCACAUCACCGUCCUGCCCGAGGUGGUGGGCGUCCAGAGGCUGGGGAGCGCGCUGGGGUUUUUCAUGCUGAUCCGCAGCAGCGGAGGCCUGCUCGGACCGCCCAUCGCCGGAUUCUUCAUUGACAAAAUGGAUGAUUACGGGACGGGCUUCCUCAUGUCCGGCGUGGCCCUCCUCACCUCCGCCCUGUUUCUGCUCAUUUUAAAUCACAUGAUGCGAAAGGACCAAAGGAAAAAACACAACAUGGAAACAGAGAAAUUAGGACAAACUUUCAGAGAUGAAGAAAAAGAUGUGGACAUGACAUGAAAACUCUCAGGUUUUAUCUGAAUCAACACAAAUGCAAAAAAACUAGCAACAUUUCUACAAGAUGAAUGACUUUUUCAUGUUUUGGAGCAUAACCAAUCAAACACAGAAACAUGUCUGAAACAUCGUUACAUCUCUCUUGGUAGCUAACAACAUUCUGCAGGUUUUGCACCAAAUGUGUACAUUCUUUAUGUUCUUUAGAACACUCAACAGCUGAUGGAUGAAAUCUUCUUUCUGUCCAAACGUUGCAUAUAAAGCUUCUUGAAGUGUUCACUGAUUUAUUUUAAAUGUCACAAAACGUUCAGGUCAUAAAAGUUUUACUGUGUUGUAAUAAAAAAUGAACUUCACUAUUAAAUCAUUAUUUUUUACUACAGAUAAA